GCGGGCGAUGUUUUCCCGGGCGCGUGGUCCGGCACGUCAGUUGCAUACCUUGCUUCUCAUGGCUGAGGCUGGGGGUCCCGCCGCCGUCUCACACUGGAAGGGUGGCGUAGGGCGUGCAUCUCCAGCGGGCUGCCCUUGGACUACAACUCCGCGAACCCCACAGCCAGCAUAGAUGUUGGGAGUUGUAGUUCAACACUUCUGGAGGAUACCGCCUUGUGGAAGACUAAUCCAGGAGGAUACUAAUUAGACAGUCUCUGGAGGCCUGGGCUUACAUGUCUCACCCAGUCACUUUUGUGUCCCAUAGGCGUAUAUGUAAUUUAACAGAAUGCCUCCUGGGAAGCAGUCAAAGGACAAGAAACAUCAGCAAACAUAUGAGAGUCCAUCAGAAAAAGAGACACAGUCAACUGGGAAAAGGAAACGAGACUGUGGAGCACCAGAAAAUGAACCACAAGCAAAGAAAGUACUUGUGAAAAAAGCUAUCAAGCAUCUGGGAAAAACUGGACAAGCUUUCUAUGGCUCCGUGAUCCAAAACUCAGGAGUGUUCAUUCCUCAGAAGGAGAUACAGAAAAACAUUGUUCAUUAUGUUUAUCAGAACAUGCUGGGUGGUAAUACUGGGUCACAGCUCAGGAAGUGUCUCCAGGUGCCCUUUGUGCAUUCUCUCUACUUGUACCGCCUGUUCCGAACAGCAAGUCCCUUUGAUAGGCGAAUUACCUGCUUAGAAUGGCAUCCAACACACCCUAGCACGGUUGCUGUGGGCUCCAAAGGUGGCGAUAUCAUCCUAUGGGACUAUGAAGUGCUUAACAAAACCUGCUUCAUAAAAGGGAUGGGAGCUGGAGGGGCCAUCACAGGAAUGAAGUUUAACCCUUUUAAUCCUACUGAGGUGUUUACAUCAUCACUUGCUGGAUCUACUGCUCUUCAGGAUUUUAAUGGGAAUACAGUCCGAAUCUUCACCAGUACCGACCAUUGGAAUUUCUGGUACUGCAGUGUUGAUGUAUCUGCAACUCACAGGACUGUAGUGACGGGUGAUAAUGUGGGCAACGUCAUCAUGCUUGGUAUGGAUGGUAAAAAGAUAUGGAAUUGGAAGCUGCACAAAAAGAAAGUGACUCAUGUGGAGUUUAAUCCUCACUGUGACUGGCUCAUGGUUACAGCUUCUGUGGAUCAGAUGGUCAAAAUUUGGGAUCUGAGAAACAUUAAGGACAAGUCAAAGUGCCUUCAUGUUCUUCCACAUGAUAAAGCUGUUAAUGCAGCUUAUUUUAGCCCAAUUGAUGGUGCCAAACUAUUGACUACAGACCAGCACAAUGAAAUCCGAGUUUAUUCCUCUUCUGAUUGGUCCAAGCCUCAGCAUUUGAUUUCACAUCCCCACCGGCAGUUUCAGCACCUUACACCUAUCAAGGCAACAUGGCAUCCUCGUUAUGAUCUAAUAGUUGCUGGUCGUUACCCAGACCCUAAGUUUCCAGGAUACACAGCAGAGGAGCUGAGAACUGUUGACAUAUUUGAUGGAAACAGUGGGAAGAUGUUGUGCCAGUUACAUGAUCCAAAUGCAUCAGGCAUUAUCUCGCUCAAUAAGUUUAACCCUAUGGGAGACACUCUGGCUUCUGGAAUGGGUUUUAAUAUUCUGAUCUGGAAUCGGGAGGAGAUGAUAACCAAGAAGCAGGAACAUCUUCUGCAAGCUAUGACAGAGCAGGGAAUUGGAUCCAGGAACAUAACUCGACAGGAAGAACAGCAGCAGAGGCAGUCAAGCACAGGAAAAAGCAAACUCAAAAGUAAACUGUUCAGGCUUGAAUUAGAAGACAUUGAACCAAGUGGCCAAGAACGCAAGUUACAAGAAAAGAAGAAAGGGUCCAGAUGACUGAUAAGGCAAGCUGCUUUGUAGCAUUAGUUUAAAGCAAAGUCUAAGUCUGGCAUUCUGAGCAGCAGCAGUUUCAAAGGUGAAAAGUCCUGUAUCCUAAUCUUAUUUAUCUGGGUCAUAGAAGUUACGUUGGAAAAGGACAAGGUAUCCUUUACUAAGGAAAAAGAAUGGGUAUAUCUUACAUGCAUUCAGUUGGACUGAAAAGAGCACCUUGGCUGUACAUUGCUGGAUGGUAUGGUCCAGUGACCUGGGGUAUGCUGACAGUCCGGACUGUAUUUUCAGGACUGACUUUUUUCUUUUUCAUGUAUUGAGCACCUGAGUUUGUUCUCAAGCGCUGGACCCCUGAAUAUGUACAUUCGCUCAUAAAGAUGAAUAUUUUUCCUCACUGUUUCUUUCUCAGUUGCCUAAUUUGAAGCAACUGUUACCUGGGUGGCAUUUGCGUUUGCUUGAAAAUCAGAUAUUUCAAAACUUCCUGGGUCUAGAUGUAGAAGUACAGAAGCUUCUUGAAGUGGCUUACAGUUACAGCUAGUUGUUUUAAGGGUUUUGUACUGUAGCAGAUACUAUUGUGGCUUUAUUUUUCUGGUUUUUGUUCAGUUCUUGUUCAUAAAAGAUGUUCAAUAAAGUUUUGUAUGGGA